CCUAAAGUCCUGUUCUUGUAAUUUACUACAAUCACACAUGUUUUUGUCAAAACACAACGGGCUAACCCUAAAUUCAUCCGUUGAACAGUGUACUGAUUUUUCCCAGCAUUUGCUGUCAAUUCCAUACAUUAGCUGUCAAAACUACUUAAUUAUUACUACUUCGUACCCUAUUUGCUUUGAUUUUUUGGAUUAGCUUUUAAUUAUAAAAAUUCUCACUUGUCUCCCUUGUUUUCAACCGCGUCUGGCGGCACAGAACGCGGUGGCGCCCAUAGCUGUUAGUUUGAGGACGAAGAGGAAGAGGUGACGCACUUGCCUUAUUUUGGAGUGAAAACGAAAAAACAUCUGAAAUUUUAUGGGCGGUCUGAAUUUGCCGAAACACAGCAAGCAUAAGUUUUUCGAGGUUCAUGGAAGCAUGGUCGAAUUCAAAAGAUGAAUCUACACUUUAUGAAGCUGAAAUAAACCAUACUUCAAAUUGGGGAUUUGAAUUUUUUUCUAUGCUAGGAGUAGAAGAUUGGGUUUUUGAUGGCUGUAAGAAGAAGCUCAGGGUCAUGUUUGAUCAAAUACUAAUAUCCUUUCUUAAUGAUGUAUCUAAAAACAGAUGCUUUAGGCCUCUUCCCGUAAUGAAUGGCUGUGGGCAUGAGGUGGAUUUGUUCAAACUGUACAGUGUAGUUAGAAGAAUUGGUGGGUAUAAUUCUGUUUCUAAGGAAAACUUGUGGGGUUAUGUUUCAGAGCAAUGCGGGUUGGAUUUUAGGGAAAUGUCGUUUGUGAAGCUGAUUUACAGCAAGUAUUUGAACGAUUUUGAUCAAUGGAUUGGAGAGCGAUGCAGAGAUAGUGCUUUGGAGAAAGUAGAAAGUGGAUUGGUUAGGCGACUUGAACUAAUGUCUAGAGAGUUGAAGGUUAGGUUUGGAAACAUGUCCAGUAAUAACUCUAAUCAGAAAACUGCUCAGAUUAAUCAAAAGAAUUCAGUCAUGAAGAAUGGUGGACGGGAGGUACUCACUGAUGUUGAAAUCGGUAGUGUAUGUGAUUAUUAUGCUGAAUCAACUGAGAGAUUGUCCACAAGAAGAAUUUGUUGGUUGCAUGAAAGGGUCUGCUAAAGACAACGGUGAUGUUGCUACCACAUCCAUAAAGCAUACUGAGAAACUCAAUGAAGUGAAUAUAUUGAAGAGAAAAAGGACACCUUCGUAUUUCUCGGAAAUUCUUGAUUGGGUGACCAGUGCAGCAAAACAUUGCGAUAGUCCUGAAAUUUUGAAGAUUCCUGAUUUCUCCCAGUGGAAGGAUCAUAGCAUGAAUGACUCCUUGGCCCAGGUUUUGUUGAUUCGAGAAGUUCUACUGAACAAAAAUCAUUUUAGUUCAAAUUCUGAAGAGUCUGCUCCCCAGGUAAGCCUUGGGUAUUUCUACUCCCCUAUCUUUAUAUAUAAACAAUUUGUGAGGUUAAUGAAUAUAUUCCAUAGCAUAAAAGGCGGGCAUUGCUGCAGUAAGUACAGUACUGUUGACACAUUUGAGUAGUUUGUGUAUUCAGAUCUUUUUAGGUUGUGUUUGUUGAAAAUGUACCUGAAUGAGUAAAGUAAUAAAGUAAGCAGAGUUAUCACUUAUCAGGACCAGAGAAUUUGAGUUGGCUAGUGAUCCCUUCAUAAACUCUUCCUCUGACAUGCAUAGAUUUUUCGUAUUAUAUUACGGAGUAUGUCCUAAUAAAACACAGAUGUACUAUUGUACUUCAAUCAUCUGGCAAAGCAGAAUGGUUUUGUUCUUGUAUAUUACCAACUUUAACAAUAUCAAACUUGGCCAAUUUUUGUAGCUAAACCCUUAUUUUGAUUGUGUUCGGACAUAUUCUAUAGUUUUGACAUACGUUUAGUUCUCCUUUUCAGUCUUCUCACAUGGAAUCAGAGUCUCUUCCUCUGACAUGCAUAGAUUUUAGUCUUUCUGACAAAAUGGCAUAUAUUAUACAUACGUGGGAGCAUCUGCCUUCUUCGGCAAUCAUUGACUUUUAGUUAUAUGUUUUCAUCCUUUGCCUCCAUUGACUAGAAACCCUAUAAACUUUACAAGAACGCUUCAAUGGGCUCAAUUUUUUUAAGUAGUGUUUUUAGAACCAAAAUGGACUUGGAGGGUCCGCUGUGAAUUACUAGCACAUACGGUCCGACUAGUCCCAUAUGAUCGGGAAUCUGAUUUUACCUCAAAAGCUGCUGCCGAGUGCCAAGUGAGAACACUGGUGGAAAUGGGAAACCGGAUGCUUUAUUUUAACCGGUCGUUUACUUUUUAAAACAAUUAAGAAAAACGAAGAGCAAAAAUAUGUUGUUGAUUACUUCAUUUCUUUUUACCAGCGUCAUGCCACACUUUAAAUGCCAAUUUUUAGAAAUUUGUCAUACCCUUUUCGGAUUUAUCACGUGAACUUCAGAAAAUUGUGAAUAGUUUUUGGAGAGAAAAAGGAGACAAAAUUUGGGAAUCCGGGUCCUCACUAGAAAAUCAAGUGGUUUUGGAUCAAAAUUGUUUCCUGGGUCACUUUGGGCUAAGAUAAAUUCUAUAUUUUGGAAAUUGGAAAUCACAUUAAAGAGUAAAUAUUAAGCAUGUGAAAGAAAUCAAAGAAAGAAGGAUGAGAUACUGUGGUUAUUGGUAAAUGGAAUAAGCAUAGACGCUGCCCACUAGUGGCUCUUCCACAAAGUCAGUUUGGUGAAAUUAUAGCGAUUCUCACUUCUUAAGAUAAAUGACUGAAAUGAGGUUGAUUUAAAAAAAAAUCACGUCAAGUAUAGAACUGUAAAAUUUUAAUAGCUAUAUCAGGAGUGAUUUGAAAUCUAUGUCGCACAUUGUAUACUUUAAAGCAAUCUCUAAGAGCUUGGUUUAUCAGGUGUAGUCGUGUGUUCUGUAAAUUUAGUGUAAUUUAUAGUGAAGUUAAUUAAUGUGUCUUCUUUUGAUGUUUUGAUAUUCAACCAACUCAAAAUUAUAUAUUUUGUGGUUUAUGUGGAUGACACAUAUAUCACAGGCAAUGAACAAGAAUCUAAUCUCAAUGAAAAGAUUAUCUCUUCUGUCAUUUCGGACUUGGGAAUGGGAAGAACUGACACAUCAUCAUCAUCAUCAUUACCCCAGUGCUGCAAAGGCUCCCACCUACAGUGGGGUAAGGGUGGGCCAGAUGUACACAGUCUUACCCCUGUACUAAAGCAUAAAGCACAGGGAGACUGUUCCCGAAUGACCCAUAGUGAUAAUCGAGUCCAAAAUUGCAUGGUCUGACUGCUACUUCAUAACAUAGAAGUGCAAACAGUUUAAUGAGCCAUUUUGCUGUACUCCAUCAUAUUCUCAAGCCAAAAAAUAGUGAGUCUUUGGCUCCAUUGCAAAUGAUGGAUUUGGAAGAACUGGCAGAAUGCUAACAAUUUUUAUUAUUAAUUACAUACAAACAUUCACCUUCAUUCUCACACAUUUCAAUUUUCAAAUGAAGGUAAACUCUUCGGCACAAAAGUUGUGUAGCUUUAGAGUGAAAGUGAAUAGGAGACUAGGAGUAAUCUAGAUGUGUUGUGCAACUAGCACCAACUGACCUUCCAUCUUAAGUUUUACUCAACACUCUUCAACAAGUUUGUUAGGGUGCUUUAUUGGUAUUGACUAUCGCAGUGGUAGAAGUAAAUCUGAGAAGAAAUCGACUUGCUUCACUAUAGAACUAUGACAACCCUACGGUUGCCUCUGUUAUAUUUUAACCAAGAUAUGGGGAAUUAUUUCCUCACUGUCACACGGCCGGAUAUUUAUUUCUUUUGCUGCUAGUAUGCUAAGAAAUAUUAUAGAAAUUCUAUGAUAAAGUGUUACUUCCUCCGUCCCGCUAGAAGGUUCCCGUAACGGUUUACGAUGCUUGACUGAUGAUAAAGCAACUUAAUGUCUUAAUCCCUGUUUACACUGAUUAUUUUUAGCAAAUAAAAUUUACAUACUCAGAUACUACAAUAAAACCGCAAUAAAACCGCUACAAAGCCUGAUAAAAAUAUGUAAAUUUGAUAAAAAUUUGAUAUAUAAAGCAAAAGAUUAAAAAUGAAUUAAGUUGACCAUGUGAAUAGUGUACGGAAACCUUCUAAAGGGACGGAGGUAGUAUAUCUUUAUUUGUGAUAACUGAAUGUUGGUUUUUUGCAUCACCGCAAGGUUUAUCAAUUCAUUUGAUCAAUUGAUGGGCAAUCCAACUAAAUCCUUUCGCGAGGGGGGAAGGAGGUUACUGGGACAUGAAUCUCUUGUCCUUGCAUUAUUUUCCUAGUUCCAUUUUUUGUCUGCCCUAAAAUUUCAAUUGGAGUGGGCAUAAAUUUUGGGAUGGGAGGUGGGAUGUAAAGUUGGCACUGAAGUUAAUUUAUCCUUCGGUGGACAUCUUUUUUUUUUUUUUUAAUUUUCACAGUAUCUUAUAUGUAUGUAAUUAAUUCUUUUUUGUUUUCUUUUUGGGUGUAUGUUACAUGUUAACUAAAACCACAGAAGAAGCUUAAAAUGCACCCUUCAAUGUAUGAUGAUAACACACCCGAUCAUGUAUCCAUGGAAAAAAUGAGAUGCAGCCAAAGAAUAUUUUCCUUGACCAAUCCUCUUUCUUGUCCCAUCAACUACUCAUCCUCUCCUACUGAUAACAACGUUGUUAGUACUCAAAAAAGAGAACCAGAAUCUGCCAAAAAUGUUUCACGGGAAGAACCAACGAGCCUUCCGAAAGUUCCAGUGGGCCCUCUCCACCAAGCCGAAGUCCCUGAAUGGACUGGUUUGAUUUCCGAGAGCGAUUCCAAGUGGCAAGGCACACUUAUGUGGCCUCCUGAAGAAACAAAAUCCUUCAAUGAAUUGGAUCGUAUUGGAAGGGGAAGAGAAGGACAAUGUGAUUGCCAGUUUCCUUCAUCUGUUCAAUGUAUAAGGUUUCACACUGCAGAGAAAAGAUACAAACUGAAACUUGAGCUCGGCCGGCUAUUCUACCAAUGGAGAUUUGACCGCAUGGGGGAGGAAGUUUCCCUUUCAUGGACUGAAGAAGAGGAGGAAAAAUUCAAAAAUUUGAUGAGACAGAAUGCAACAACUCCAAAUAAAUUCUGGAACAGUGCUGCAAAAAAAAUUCCAUUAAAGACAAAGAGCAUGCUGGUUAGCUACUACUAUAAUGUUUUCCUUGUCAAGCGCCGGAGUUAUCAGAAUCGUGUAACUCCAAAAGAUAUCGACAGUGAUGAUGAUGAAAAAGAAUUUGGAUUGGUAGGCUGCCGUUUUGGAUAUGAAAAACAAUUUAUGUUCCAGGGUCCAGGCCACUUUUAUGCACAGAGAAUAAGGUGUGCACCGAUCUGGAAUAGUGUGUAUGCGCACACACACACAUAUACAAGCUGAGGAUUUCUUCUUGUUACAUAGACCUGUGCUUUCAUUUUCUAUGAGAAAGUAGUAUGUUACAGGUUUCAGGUUUGUCAGCUCCCUGUUUUUGAGGAAAGAAAACACUUGUAGCUCUUUCUUGUUAUGAGUUAUGAGGAAUUGUAAGUUGAUAGUAGAGGUAGUGGUCUACUUUCAUAUUUGAUCUUUGAAUAGGAAAAAGGGUAACCUUCUAAUUUAGGUUCUGGGUAUAGGUCGUUCAUUUCAUAUACAGUUCGUGGUCUGGACUAAGGAGCAAGUAUGUCAUAAUGUUUUGAAAGUUAACCCGUUCUACAGGCCAUGAAUGUGUACAAGGAAAGUGCUACUUUCUAAAUGUUUUUUUAUAAUUGAAAGUGCUGCUGCAAUAAAAAACAAUGAUUGAUA